GAGGAACGACAACUCUACCCCUUCCCCCAAACAUCAUCACCACCGUCACCUCCAUCAUCAAUGUCACCUCCGCCCUCAAGCCCAUCACUCUGUGCUUUUACCCGCCACUGCGCAUCCGUGCUGAUAGGAUUAACAUCUCCAGCAAGCGUAUGCUGUCCACCAUCAGCAAACCCCUUUUCCCUUGGCUUUCGGAGACCGUCGUGUGUACGAGCCUCUCUCAAUUGGUAGCUCGACGACCUUCUCCUGGUAUCUGAAGAUGGUAAGCUCAUCGCGGUAUUAGGUUCUAUCGGCUAGGGGACCGGCGUUGAGGGGUAUAAUACUCGUGUUUGGCGUAUCAGCUCGAUCCACACGAGAGAGGGGGGGGGAAACAACGAAUCAAGAGAUGUAAUCUCGUCAAUUGGAUCAAAUGAGCCAAGGGGGGGGAAUUUACAAGUACGUUUACGGGUAAAGUCUGAAGCAUAUACAGCAGUCUGGCGAUAUACUGUAUACUGUACGCACUCUGCUCGUGGAUCAAGGUUCUGUGAUUUGAACGCUAAGGUUGGGUGCGGAUCACAAAGUUUACUGUUGCAUGGGUGCCAGGAGCAGGUCAAACUCUAGGCAGCACUAGGCACCGGUAGUCCGUUCAAGAACGCUCGGGAAAACAGGGAUAGCACUGCACCCUUUUGCACGAGUACGAUUCUGUAAUUCUCGGGAGAACAGAGCUUAUUUGGCUAAGGGUUUGUAGACGGUCCUAGGGUCGAAGGUACGGUAUUUGUAUCUCCCCAAUCGAUCCCCUAGAUUCUAGGACGGAAGGGUAUUGUGAUUGCAGAGAAAAGGGUUAACCGUGAGGAAAUCAGGGUUUUCGUGGUACAGUACCUCUGCUCAGUAACUGCCGCUACGGCAUCAUAUUGGUACAAGUACAUACAGGCACGCACCCCACCGGACACCCCUCCCGAAACUGCACGAAACUACCAACAAACUGCAAGCCUUGUUUCACGCGAGUCGCCACUAUUCACGGUGGAGGGAAAAAAAAAUACGAUAUCACAAGAUUAAAUCGAAUCAUACACAUUUAGGCAAGUUUGUAAAGUGCAAAUGAGCUGUCACAAUGGCUUUGUCGCCCGCGAUUUUUGCCCCACAUCGUUCCGUGCGGCUAUUCCUUCUUCUGACUUUCUACUCGUACAGCGCAAAAUCUGGGUUCGAGAUCAUUUAAGUACGCCUCCCCCCCGUUCCACUCGCCUAUGCCCCCCUUGUUCCUAUACAACCCUUUAACAUCAUUCUGAAAGCGAAGCGAGAUGGAUCCUGAAGCUGCGGCAAAGCGACUUGAAACUUUGAAGGAAGUCAGCAAUGACUCAAUCCAAUUCGCGGAGGUAUGUUUUCUUGAUCCUUUCAGUUCUAAUUGACCCUAACGCUAUCUCAGGAACUAUUGAAGGAGAAUAGAAGACUCAGCCAAAGACUUGAAGAGAUGCAAUUGGUUUACGAUACCAUGGUGCUAGCCUGCCGAGACAAUCAACAGCUACAGUUAAAGUAUAGUGAUGCGUUAAGCCAUUUGGUACGCCGCUGCCUUCCCUGUUUGAAAUCCAGCUAAUGGGGUAGAGUCGAAACGGGUACAUUAUUGUUCUGGUCGACGGUGAUGGAAUGAUCGUAUGCUUUACCACCCGCAACCGCACAGGAUGCCAACUGACUAUAUGAUUGAUAGUUCACAGAAGAGUUACUAGCUAAAGGAAAAUCCGGCGGGGCAGAGGCUGGGAAGCUGCUUAUUCAAGCUUUAACUGAAUCACGUGGGGCAGGAAGUUUACCGGAGGUACACGUUAAGAUCUUCGUCAAUAUGUACAAGCUUGCAAACAUACUCCAAAUUUCAGGUCGAGUUAAAGAGCCCAAGAAUUUUAAAGAUUUCGCUAUAGGUUUUAUUCAGGCCAAAGAGCACCUCUACUUCAUAGACGUCGGGGAUGGGAAAGAGAUGGUAGACAGUCGUAUUAGAGGUUUCCUAUACACCGAACCCAACUCUCGUGGAACAACUAGGCUGAUAUGAUUAGCGGAAUUAAACUUUCACUUACAGAAUUACAACUGUCAAAAGGUUGUGCUUGGAGCCUCGCAUGAUAAUGGAUACGUCCGAAUUCUAAACAGCAUACAAUCUUCGGCCACACCCCACGAGAGUAAGGUCUGCCUAUUGGAGGGGCCCCCAUUCGCCAGCGAAUUUCAUUCUUUGCAGUUCAAUAAGCUCAAACUUCCCGGCAUCUUCGAUUGCCGGAAAUUGGAGACUCCCCGUCUGCCCCCAGGGCUGCCAGCUCCACCCAGGUCUGUAGAACUGCCGGCCCCUUACCCACCAAAUUCGGUAUCGUACGCCAUCGCAGCUCAAGCACCGGCCCCAGCUACUACAUCGAGGCCGACGUCCGCAAUUCACACAGCGCCCAGUAGCAGGAAUAGCAUUGUAACUCCGCAGCAAAAGGCAGCGAUGGCAAGGAUUAAGGGUUUGCAGCCGCCACCCUGCAACGACCAUUACAUCCUUGGACAGUGCUGGAAAGAGUCAUGCCAUUUUUCACACAAGUAUAGUCUAACACCAUCCGAGAUACAGGCGAUGCAGAUUAGGGUCGGCGCUACUCGAUGUGAAUUUGGCGAGGGAUGCCGGAACGAUAGCUGUUAUAGGGGCCAUUCUUGCACCUCAAUUAGGGACGGCAAGUGCGCCAGGCCGAACUGUCCAUUUUUGGAGAGCGAGCAUCCGGAAGGCGCUUAUGUGGGCUCGGUGACGAGGUUGUGGGGGGUCCGUUAGUGCCGGUGUGCAUCGGAGUGGCUUGGCGGUGGCGGAGGUGGUGGUGGCGGAGGUGGUUGUUGACGGUGCCGCGCGUGGCAGUGGUGUGCUGGUUUGGAGCGAUGGCGGGGAGAGAGGUGUGGGGUGAAUGUGGGCGUUUGUCGAGCUUUGGCUGUGCCACAUGCCGGCUAGCCGACGAUGACGAUGUUCAUUUCUAUUUCUUGUUAAAGCCUGUUUUUUUGUUUUGAAGUUUCUUUUGUUUCUAAAAUCCGAGGAUCCGAUUGGUGACUGGGUGGCUAUUACUCGAGUACUUGUCGGGAGCGGGAGAUGUGCAGUUGGGUAUUGUAUCGUGCAGUACUAAAUGCGCCAAUUAUGGGGAGUCUGUGCCCAGCCGUCAUAGGCCCUCACUCGGCGGCGCCGGUGCGUACGGUACCUGCACCUGCUCGAGUGAAGGCAGAUGAACCAGAAUGGCCCGAGCACCGGGGUAAUAGCGUUGACAUCUAAGUCUCCCAAAUCAUGUACAAAGUUUUCUCCAUCCAUCCCCUCAACCAUCCAUUCAUCCAUCCUCCACACCAUCUCCUCACCACGCUCAUCGCGGCCGCCACCACCACCGCCACCAAUGAGCAAGUCCGGUGCCUUAAAUUCAGAGAGAGAACCGAGCUAAGGGGGGAAUAAAUGAAUUCCCUAAAAGAAGAAAGAAAAAUCAAAAAGCGUUACAGUAAGUUGACAAAGAAAAUGGGGAGGGGUGGGGUGGGGCGGAAUAUUAGGACCCGGGGGGGGAGGCUGUGAGCUGUUUUUGGUU